AUGUUAAGAUCCAUAAGCACUCGUAGAGGCCCUAGGAGGUACGAGAGAUUAGGUAAAGAAUCAGCCACCACUGCACUUUUGAAUGAGGGGUUCAAGAGGAGCACAAGUUUGCCUUCUUGGGGAUCCAAUUCUUCAAGAAAAAUGACUCUAGCUUCCACCUUUGAGGACAUCAAUCUUCAAAGAAACCCCACAAAAAAGGCUAAUAAUAACAGUGACAAGAAGAGUCACCCACUCCUAAGUUUCUUGGCUCUUCAUAGGAAAAAGAAAACAACAGCUAGACCUGAAUUUGCAAGGUAUCUUGAGUAUCUUAAGGAAGGAGGCAUGUGGGAUUUGAAGUCCAAUAAACCUGUCAUGUAUUACAAAUGA